AUGUCCAGCUAUAAAUCCACAGACUAUACGGUAGGAUGGAUUUGCGCACUCCCUCUCGAGCGCGCCGCGGCAGAAGCGAUGCUAGACUGCAAACAUGGAGGUUCGAAAAGCAGCCAGUACACGCUUGGCAGUAUCGGUGACCAUAACGUUGUUAUUGCCUGUCUGCCAGCGGGUUUGACCGGAACCAAUGCUGCUGCCACCGUCGCGGCCAAGUUGAUGUUGCAGUUUACGUCUAUCCGAUUUGGUCUUUUGGUGGGCAUUGGAGGAGGAGUCCCGAGCAGAGAAUUCGACAUACGGCUUGGAGAUGUAGUAGUCAGUCAACCACGUAACGGAUAUGGGGGAGUGGUGCAGUACGACUUUGGUAAAACUCGCCCUGGAGAGUUCGAGACGACUGGCUUUCUCAAUACACCUCCGAUUGUCCUGUUGAAUGCACUGUCAAAGAUACAAGCGAAUCAUCUGUCUGGAAAUAGCAAGUUCUCGCAAUACUUGCAGAGGAUUACUCACCAGCUUGGGGUCAUGCCCGACGACACCAAAAUUGACAUGUUGUUUGACUCGAGCUAUGAGCAUGCGGAUGGGCCAACAUGCGAGAAUUGCGACGACGAGCAACUGGUACACAGAAAGCCUCGGAACCAAGAUAUUGUUAUUCACUACGGUACAGUAGCCUCUGGAAAUCAGGUUAUAAGAGACGGCAUCACUAGAGAUAAACUAAGCUCGAAGCUCGGAGGGAUCCUUUGUUUCGAGAUGGAAGCGGCAGGACUUAUGAACAGUUUUCCUUGUCUGGUCAUACGAGGCAUUUGCGACUAUGCGGAUUCACACAAGAACAAGGCUUGGCAACCUUACGCUGCGUCAGCCGCAGCUUCUUAUGCUAGAGAAGUGUUGGCGGCUGUUAAUUCAGACCAACCAUCAAUAGCUCGCAUAGUUGAUGAUACUACAAAGGCUGAAAUGCUUCGAGCUGAGAUUGAUUCCAAUAUUGAUACCGUGGAUUUGAGCUGGUUUCUCUCCAUUUUGCCAGCAAUAGAUCAAGGAGAAUAUGAUUUCGAUCAUCCAUCACCAGACUGGGAGAAGCCAGAAUAUUAUUGGAUUUUCAGAAAUGCGGAUUAUAAAGAAUGGGACACCGGUGACUCUUCUCGAAUCUUGUGGCUAACUGGGCCGCCCGAGUGUAACAUACGCAAGGCGACGUCCUAUAUCUUACAUCGAGAGAUGGAGAAGUCAUCAAAGACACAGCGACUCGUGUUACACUUCUUCUGCUCCGCAGCCUCAGUAAAAGGGUCAUCUAUGGCAAUAUUCAUCAGAGCUCUUGCCCAUCAAAUUGUCUCGACUUCACCACAAACUAGGCAGAUAUCAAUCAUUCGGAAAUUUCUAAGGAGCAUUUUAAGCACUAGCUUUAAAAGGAUAUCUCCAAAUGUACUGCAACGAUUCUCAUUGAGGGACUCGAAUUCUAAUAUGAAGAACUUGCUCGAGUCUCCAGAUGACAGCCUAUGGGCAGCUCUAUGGGCCAUCAUGCCGACAGAACAGAGUCCGGAAUUAUCUAUCGUCAUUGAUGGGAUCGAACAUAUUCGCGACCGGAGAGGCAAAUUCGUUCGGAGAAUCCGCGAAUUUGUCGAGGACCUACAACGAACGUCCAAAGCCAAAAUUUUACUCACUAGUGGGCUAGAAUCUGAUACGGCGCAAAUAUUCAAUGGCUUGCCUCAUGUCGAAUAUGAUAAGGAAAGAAAAGGUUUGAUUCAAAAUCUUGGCACCUUUGAGUGGCUUUGGGACCACGCACAAUACAAUGCAUGGUCGAAACCAAGCGUCUCCCGUGUGUUGCUGAUCCAAGGGAAACCUGGGAGUGGGAAAAGCACUCUUACACGGUAUUUCAAUGAACACAUACUUGAACGAGAACCAGCCGCAGGAUCAGCCGUCGUAGCCAGAUUUUUCUACAGCUAUAGGGAGGAUAUUCUUCAGAGAAGCCAUUACAACAUGCUACGGUCCAUCAUCCAUGAUAUAUUAUAUCAGGAUGAAGCCUUCUUUUAUCAUGUUCAACCAGAAUAUCGUCUCCAGCCUUGUAGUAACACUGGCGUCAUUUGGGAAUAUGAGUCGUUAAAACGUACUCUUAAAUCCUUACGCGACUACUCCUUGCGGCGACCACUCUAUCUAAUCAUUGAUGCAGUGGAUGAAUCUGAAUACGAGGAUAGACGCAAUAUUCUCAAUCUUUUGUUUCAACUUUGUGCGGAGAUGAAACAUGCUGUCGUGAAAGUAUUCAUAACGAGCCGGCCAGUGGAACAGCUCGACGCCCGCCAGAAGAAUGUCAACAACAUAAUACAACUACACGAAGAGACCGUGUCUGACAUUUCCCGCUUCGCGCGCUCUAUGUUAGACGACCUGCAUAUCUCGCGUCUCCUCGCUAAAGCUACAGAUUUCAUUAUCAAGAACGCACACGGCGUGUUCUUAUGGGUGAAGCUUGUUGGAGAUCAACUGAAAGCUUCCAUAGAGGUCGGUGAUUCUGAAGACGUCAUUUUUCGAUGUCUCGAACAGCUUCCAACCGAAUUGGACGACUUCUACAAGCUGAUGUUUAAGAAUUUGAACGAGAACAAACCAUAUAUUCUAGAAUCAAAAACCAUGUUUCAAAUCGUUCUCUGGGCAGUGCGACCUCUAGCGGUAAACGAGUUACUGCACGCCUUGGCCAUGUCGCGUCUUGCGGAUAUCGAAUCUGACCUUUCCGAUGUUGUCUUUGACGGGCGAAUCCCAACUAAGACACGCAUCACUCAUUGCGGAGGAAAUUUCUUGGAAGUCAAGCAGCCUAAUGGCGCCUCUUUAGCAAAUGCCCGUCCCAGCACUUCGUACCGUCGAACUAAUAAGUCUAUUGGGAAUGAGGUUGUUCAGGCCAUGCAUCAAACCGUGCGCGAUUUCUUCCUCAGCUCCAGCGGAUGCGUAGCAAACUCAGAGUUGCGAAUGAGCAAUGACGACGACGCUCACAUCUUCAUGUCUAAAAUCUGUAUUCGCUAUCUCAUGCUCUGCGUUGCCUGCACUACUUUAGCAAAGACACUACCUACUCCCGAAUCGUGGACUUUGGAGCACUUUUACGAGUACGCCAAAUAUUUGCAAAAAAGACCGUUUGCAAAAUAUGCUCUGUGUUUCCUUAAGCAUCAUAUGAGUCACAGUCGUCAAGACACAAGGGUUUCGUAUCUUGCUAUUCGGCUAACAAAGAGCCUGACCGGCAAACCAUCGUCUUACUUGUUAGACAGCUGGGUAUUAUCGAAUAUGGGGACAAGGGUCCAAGGUUCACAUGCCAAUGAGCACGAAAGAAAAGCAAUGGAAUUCAGGGCUCAAGCCUUACACGCCGCAGUUUGGAAUGACUUUCCUGUGGCCGUCGAGAUCUUGUUGACAGCUGGGACCAACAUCAACUCGAGGUGCGAGAAAGAGCGCACAUUUCUGUCAUUGGCAGCCGAGAGAGGACAUGAAGCCGUGGUAGAUUUGCUACUCGCACAUCAUGGCAUUGAGGCUGAUACAAAAGACAUAGAUGGGCGGACGCCGCUCUCGUGGGCUGCAGAAAAGGGCCACAAUACGAUUGCUGAGAUGCUGCUGGCCCGCAAUGAUGUUGCGCCUGACUCAAAAGAUAUGGAUGAGCGUACACCGUUAUCGUGGGCCGCCGAACAAGGACAUGGAUCUGUGAUACAAAUGCUGCUUGCUUGCAAUGACGUUGACGCUGAUUCUGUAGACAAAUCGCAACGGACACCGCUCUCAAGGGCGGCGGAAAAGGGGCAUAAGAUCAUUGCCGACAUGUUGAUCCAGCAUAAUGCUGUUGCUACUUCGAGAGAUGGACACGGACGGACACCGUUAUGGCUGGCGGCAGAACAAGGGCAUGAAGAAAUACUAGAGUUGUUGCUUGCCUUGAACAACGGCGAAGCCGAUGAAAGCGAUAGAUAUGGACGAACAGCACUG